ACAGUCCACUCGCACGGGCUCCAUUCAUCCAUCUUCUGAGUAUCAAAACAUUAUAAUAUCAACAUUAUAGUGCAAACCUCUGUGCUUGUAUAAUAUGAGUUGUGUUUUUCCAGCCACGUGCCCUGCGUUGCUGUCGCUGCACCUACGAUUCGUCUUAGCAUUGACAGUUUUCCUAACCUACAAAUUGUUUCGUUUUUAUCUUCUUUUCUUCUUGUCCUGGCUUAUUUUGGAUUGUUAUAUUUCAUCGCUUCUGUUCUUUUAAUACCAACUGGAUAUUCCACUAUUGAACCAACUGGCCCGCGUUACACAACUUCUAGUUUAUGAGGCGAAUGUCAAGAAGAAAUUUGCAGUGGUACUCUUGGACUUACCUAAAGCAUUUGAUACAGUUUGGCAUGAUGCUUUGCUUUAUAAACUUUCUCUAAUUGGGUUUCUGUUUAUGUAGGUAACACCAUCCACACUUCAAGUUUUUCCUGGUAAAUGGGACCAAAGCACAUAGAAACAGGACUUCUUAUUAAAUGAUUUCAGAAGGGGGAAAAUGAAUAGUUCACUUUUCUAAAUGCGUUAAAACCAUUUUGAGAAACGGCAAACAUGUCGGCCCCAUCUGUUAGCAAAAGAACUUCCGUCAGUGUAAAGGAGAAGCUGGAGAUCAUUGAAAAGUUAGGACAGGGUAUUCCAGCAAGAGUACUUGCUGAGUCUCACAAUUUACACGUGACUUCAGUCUGGAGAAUGAAGAGGAAGAGAAAAGAGUUAUAUCGUGUUUUGGAGAGGGAAGGAGUUCAAGAGACAGAAGAAGUAAAGACACUGAAAUACGAUGAGUUGGAAACUCGGUUACAGAGUUGGUAUGCGCAACGUACAUUACUAGGUGGCCACAUAAGCAACAGAUUGCUCCGUGACAAGGCACUACAAAUAAACCAGGAGAUAGGAGGUGACUCCUCUUUUACAGCUAGCAUUGGGUGGCUAUCACGUUUUAAACAGCGGCGUCACAUCCGACUAAUUAAUUUUCAUAGGGAGAAAUACGGUGCUGAUAAUAAUGAUGCCAAAACUUUUAUUCGUCAUUUACACAAAACUAUACGUGAUCUGGAAGUUAAUCUCAAUAAUUUAUAUAAUAUGGAUGAGACGGGACUACUAUGGAAAUACCUACCCUCAAAGAUUGUGACUCUUGAACGUGAAAGAAGAGCCUAUGAAGAAAAAAUGAAGAAGGACAGAGUAACCGUGGGAUUCUGUGCUAACGCUACUGGGACCCAUAAGCUUCCUCUAUUGUUUAUUAAUAAAGACGCGUCUCCAAGAGCGUUAAAGCAUUGCAAGAAUCGUCUACCAGUGGUGUUUAAAGCGCAACGAAAUGCAUGGCUGAAUAAACAAAUAUUCGCAGAUUGGUACCAAAACCACUUCAAACCUUCAGUGAAUAAAUACCAAUUAGAAACUGGGACAAACGGUUCGGUUCUUCUAGUUGUGGACCAUUGCAGAUCUCAUAUAUUACCCCCGGAGAUAGUAAAAGAUGGCAAGUUUUCUGUGCUCUUCCUGCCACCAAGUACAACAUCUGUUAUACAGCCUAUGGAGCAAGGCAUAAUUGCAAAUGUGAAAAGAAAUUUCCGGCAUAGAUUGCUACAGCGGACUUUAUAUUUCCCUGACGGAGUCGAUCACUUUUUCAUCGACUAUGAUUUAAAAGAUUGUAUUAACUUUAUCUACAACGCAUGGAUGAGCGUUACGCCGAAGAACAUUAGAAAUUCGUGGACUAAAUUACUGCAGGAUAAUUCUGCAUCCAGUACAUCGACCGAGACGACUAAUACAAUAGAACAGAUAGCUCGUACCCUCCAUGGCAUUAUUGAGGCAAUGCCGAGCAAGAAUAUUAAUCUCGAUGACAUAGAAGAUUGGCUCUUCACAUGUGUGGAGAUGGAAGAACGUAUUGAAGCAAUCGAGCGAGAUGUGACAGAAGAAGAACGUCCCACGAAAGUAACGCAGACUACCCACAAUAUUUCUAUUUUAGACGAAGAAGUGAAAAGAAUGCUUGAACAAGUAAUUUCGUGGUCAAAAAAUGAAUUAGAAUCUGUACAAACAAUAGCAUUGAGCGUAAAAGAUUAUUAUGAUCACAAAUAGUAUAUAAUUACUGUAUUAUGUAUUAACUUUGUAAAAUCAGCUCUUCAAAGCUACCAGGCCACAGAGGGUUAAAGGCACCUGUGAUAGACUUAUACUGCGGACCGUUUUUCUUCUCAAAAAUAAAGUGAGCUUUU